AUGGACCUUUUUGUAAAAAAAUGUGAUGAGUUUGUAUUAAAAUUUGUGAAUGAUUCUGAAGAAAUUUUGCCAGCAAAACUUACACAUGACGAAUCCUGGAAGGAGCCGGAUGAGGUUCUUAAUCAGGUUACAACAGGAAUUCUCAAUCUAUUGUGA